AUGGAGGAGAGCGCCGCGCGCCGCCCCUUGGAGCUGAGCCGCGAAGGAGCCGGCCUGGCCAAGCCGCCCAAGCACCUCUGGCGCCAGCCUCGCACCCACAUCCGCAUCAAGCAGCGCUUCCACUCCGACACGGAGAAGUACCUGCGCUCGGGAACCUGCGAUGCCGCGCUCCGGCCCGCCCUCCGAAACCCCAGGAUGUCCUGGCCCUCCUCGCUGUACCGCCGCUUUGAUGUCGAGAAUGGCUUCUCUCCAGGACGAAGUCCCCUUGAUUCCCAGGCCAAUCUGGGUCUGGGACUUGUUUUACAAGGCACAACACCCCACAGCCAACGUCGGGAGUCCUUCCUCUACCGAUCGGAUAGCGACUAUGACCUCUCCCCCAAAGCCAUGUCCCGCAAUUCUUCCGUCAGCAGUGACAUGCACGGAGAAGACUUGAUUGUUACUCCUUUUGCACAGGUCUUGGCCAGCCUGAGGACAGUUCGCAGCAACUUCGCUGUCUUGACCCACCUGCGGGAACAUGUCUGCAACAAGUGAAACCUUGCUGUGUGAGAGCCACCUUUGUCCCAGAUUUCCGAGAGAGAAGAUGCCUACCAAAAGUUGGCUAUCGAGACCUUGGAAGAGUUAGACUGGUGCCUGGAUCAGCUGGAGACUUUGCAAACACGUCAUUCAGUCAGUGAGAUGGCUUCCAACAAGUUUAGAAGAAUGCUCAAUCGAGAACUGACACACCUCUCGGAAACAAGCCGUUCUGGAAACCAGGUAUCCGAGUACAUCUCCAACACAUUCUUGGACAAGCAGCAUGAGGUGGAAAUCCCAACCUCUGUUCCCAAAGAAAAAGACAAGGAGAAAAAGAAGCGGCCAAUGUCACAGAUCAGUGGUGUGAAAAAACUGAUGCAUAGCUCCAGCUUCAGUUGUGCUGCCAUUCCUCGUUUUGGAGUAAAAACGGACCAGGAAGGGCCACUGAGUAAGGAACUAGAAGAUGUGAACAAAUGGGGCCUUGAUGUAUUCAAGAUUGCAGAGUACUCUGGCCACCGCCCACUAACAGUCAUCAUGUACAGCAUCUUCCAGGAAAGGGACUUGCUGAAAUCUUUUCACAUUCCUGCGGAUACCUUCAUCACAUUCAUGAUGACCCUGGAAGAUCAUUAUCAUGCUGAUGUUGCCUAUCACAACAACAUUCAUGCAGCAGAUGUUGCCCAAUCCACACAUGUAUUGCUUUCAAUGCCAGCUCUGGAGGCUGUUUUCACUGACCUCGAGAUUUUGGCUGCCAUUUUUGCAGCUGCCAUCCAUGAUGUUGACCAUCCUGGUGUUUCUAACCAGUUCCUGAUAAAUACCAAUUCAGAACUGGCACUAAUGUAUAACGAUGCAUCAGUGUUGGAGAAUCAUCAUUUGGCAGUAGGAUUCAAACUCUUGCAAGAGGAAAACUGUGAUAUUUUCCAGAAUCUCUCUAAGAAGCAACGGCAAAUGCUCCGGAAGAUGGCCAUUGACAUGGUCUUGGCAACAGAUAUGUCAAAACAUAUGAAUCUUCUGGCUGAUCUGAAGACAAUGGUAGAGACCAAGAAAGUAACCAGUUUGGGAGUCCUGCUUUUGGAUAACUACUCAGAUCGCAUUCAGGUUUUGCAGAACAUUGUACACUGUGCAGAUCUCAGUAACCCCACAAAACCACUAGAGCUCUAUCGCCAAUGGACAGACCGAAUCAUGAUAGAAUUCUUCCACCAAGGGGAUCGUGAGCGGGAGAAGGGCAUGGAGAUUAGCCCAAUGUGUGAUAAACACAAUGCCUCCAUAGAAAAGUCUCAGGUGGGAUUCAUUGAUUAUAUUGCGCAUCCACUUUGGGAAACCUGGGCUGACUUAGUUCAUCCUGAUGCUCAGGAGAUUCUGGAUACUUUAGAAGACAACCGAGAAUGGUAUCAGAGCAUGAUUCCUCAUAGUCCCUCACCUCCCCCAGAUGCAUCAGGUUUAGAGAAAAAUGGAGGAGACAAAUUCAAGUUUCAGCUUACUUUAGAGGAGGAAGAUGGAGAAGAAUCAGAUAUUGAACCAGAGAUUGAGAGCCCUCUGGAAGAGGAUAAUAGUGAAUCCAAAACCUUGGGGACAACUGAUGAUUCAGAAUCUGCAAAUGAGCCAUUGCCUUCUCCAACAGACAAAUUGGCCAGCCCCCACAGAAAUGCCCUAAUCAAACAAAAAGGUGCACUGAACUUUGACAACCAAAGAACACUUUCACAGACUGAUAGUGGUUCCAUAGCAGAUCCAGUUGAGUUAGCAAGAAGAGAGAGCCUGAUUGAUGCACAAUCGUGUCUUGACAUGGAAGGAAAUAUCACCUUUUUGCCUCUUGGGACGUAG